AUGGGAGAUACUACUGGAGGUAGAAGCUCCACUGUCGUAACGUGCAAACUGCAAAGAAGCCUGAAAGAUGAGUUCCACCGCCCCUUCCGACCUCCGCUGUCACCCACUCAUUGCCGUUGUGCUGUCACCUUCAUUCACACUCUAAUUAUUGUUGGCCCUACCACUUCCACUGCCGUCAAGGUCUUCCUAGUCGCCUUCUUCAUCGCAGCUCUGGCCUCGUCCGUUUCAGCGCAGGACGUUGCAAUGUCGCCGGCUCCAUCUCCCGCUGCAGGCGCCGCCUCCUCCCUACCGAUCCCCGGCAUCCUGGCUGGAUUCGCUUUCAUCCUCUCCGCCCUAACACAGUUAAGGAACUGAGAUCUGAUCCUCUUCGUUUCUAUUAUGUAUGUGCGAUUUCAGAUUAUGAAUUAUGAAUUUAUGAUUAUUUUGUUAAUGUGAGUUUAUUCUUUGUUCAUCAUCUAUCAAAGGCA